AUGGACAAGUGCUUCCCGAAGAAGAAGGGAGAGUGUGCACCGUGCAGGAGUAGGGACGAAUGCUCAACGGACAAGUGCUGGGGACAUGUUGGUAGCGAUCUGAGAUGCGUCUACGAUAACCCCACUUCUAUGGCGAAGUGCUUCCCGAAGAAGCUCGAAUGUGCCGGUUGCUCCGUCGCAGCGCAAUGCAGUACGCACAAGUGCUGGGGAGGAAAAUGUGUUUACGACACCCCAGCAUCAAUGGCUAAGUGCUUCCCGGUCACGAUCUCACCUCCCACGCAUCCCCCCUAUCCGUGCCGUUUCAAGACUACGGACCACCUUUCGAUCGGGGAUCCGGUUCCUAUUUGCCCGUAG